AUGUACUUGUUUAAAAAAGCCAAAGACUCGAUUGUCAACUCUUUGCAGUAUGACAAGACAUCACCACUUAUGAAGUUAAAUUAUGUUUGCAAGGGAAUCCUUCGGGCCACAUUUAUUGUCUCCUUGGGAUUAUCCGCAUUAACAAUGUCAACAAUGUAUCUCGAUCAGAAUUUAAUCAACAAAAAUAUGGUACAGAUACUUGCAGCGACAUCGUUACUACUCUCCAUGUUAUCUUUAACUAUUCUUAGAAGAAAAAAUGGAACUUAUAUAUUUGCCAAAGUACAGAUGUACCCUUUCUCCUUCAAGGAUUUGAUUGACGUAUCAUUGACAGCGGGCACUGUCACGAUAUCGGUUCUUGACAUCUUUAUGUGUUACCUGUAUCUAAUUGUGACAUUCCUUACCUUUUUAACAGCGCUCUUUUUACUUUAUGAGAGCCUAGAAGGUUCUUACAUGAAUGACAACGAGACUCUUAACCUGUUCAGCAUACAAUUUACAUCCGUUUCAUAUAUCGGCCUUUACGUGACAUCUCAGUUCUGUGCAUUUAAAUCUAUACCAUAUCACCCGAUGGAAUAUUUGGGAUAUAUAAUGAAAAACAUAAUCGAGGACAUAUUUUGUGUCAUUAAAAAGGCUUGUAAUUUUAUAUACUAG